AUGGCGACCGAAUCCAUACCAGAAGCAUUGAGUGCUCCCACUCAGACCUUCCAUGAUGCUCCACUGUUUCCGAACGACGUGCCGACUGCACCUCUUCUUCGUUUGUCACUUGCUAAACUGAUCGAGCGUGAUCCUGAUGAGAUAAACCGAUUCGCAAGGGCCUGCGAAGACUUGGGGUUUUUCUAUUUGGACCUCUCUGGCCCUGGGGACUCCCUCCUUGCCGAGGCAGAUCUACUUUUCGAGGUUGGCGAGCAACUAUUUGAUCUCCCACUUGAUGAAAAGAAGAAGUACGAUUUUAUGCAUAAGAAUAGCUACUUUGGCUAUAAAGGCUUCGGUGCGAAUGUGGUGGAUAGGAAGGGCAAUCUAGACCGCAAUGAGUUCUACAAUGUAUCCAAAGAUGACAUGCUCGGCCUUUCUGACCCUUGGCCUGCUCCUGAAGUUCUGAACUCGAAGCGUCACUUGAUGCAAUCAUUCAUCACAUCGGCUCAUGGUAUCGUAACGUUGGUGCUGACCCUGCUCAACGAUCACCUGCGCUUGCCACCGGGUACUUUGCAAGAUAUGCAUCGCCUUGAAGGCCAUUCAGGAGAUCAAAUUCGAUUCAUCAAAGCACCCCCGCAACCGAUGGAUGACAAAAGGACAGCAUUGGGGGAACACACUGACUUUGGUAGUGUGACGGUGCUUUUCAACCGACUUGGAGGUCUCCAAGUCCUGCCGCCAGGUCGAGAUGCCCAGUGGUGCUAUGUAAAACCUCUACCCAACCACGCGAUCAUCAAUCUAGGGGAUGCGAUGGUGAAAUUCACGAACGGUCUCCUGAGAUCAAAUAUACACCGUGUCGUCUCGCCUCCGGGUGACCAAGCAAACUACACGAGAUACUCACUCGUAUACUUUAACCGGCCAGAGGAUGACGUUAUGUUGAAGAGACUCGACACCAGCGAAUUGAUCCCGCCGCUCGACAAAGACGAAGUCGAGGAGGAGAUUAACAGUAAAGACUGGAUCAUUAGACGGGCACUUGGGCAUCGGAUCGCCGUCCAUGGAGACAAGGCCUUUGAUUUUGACAGGAUUAAAGGCACUGAAGAGAAGAGCCAGAGGGCUUACCUUUGA